AUGACUAUAGUUACGCGUGGGUACACAGAACGAGUUCAUCCUCGCAGCCAUAUUCAGCAGUCGCAAGACGCCGGGAAUACCGAGCUACUAUCGCUACUGGAUGCCACGUGUGUCAAUUUCUCACCGACCAGCGCUGUGUGGUUUUUAGAGCCACCUAGCGACGGCCAUUCUACGAAUGCGGAUUUGAUCAAGCAUCUUCGCGACGCAUUACUAUUUACGUUGGAAGCAUAUCCUCAAUUUUGCGGUCAUUUGAAAGCCGUGCCUUACAGUCCAGAUGAAGGUGCAUCGCAUCGCCAACGCUAUGGGAGACUGUGCAUAAGCUAUGGAAAUUCUCGUGACCCAGGACUUGAAUUGGUCGUUGCGGAGAGUACAGCGUCUCUCGAAGACCUUGUACCCGACAGUAAAUGUGACGCCGCUUUGCAGGACAUGCAUCAGAUCCCAUGCGAAAGCUUCGUACCCCCUACGGCGCUAGAAUCACCAUUUAUGCCAGAUGAAAAUGCCUCCAAACCAGCUGUCGCCAUUCAAUUAACAAGGCUCAUAUGUGGAGGCACAGUCGUGGCUAUUAAGAUGGUCCAUGCACUCGGCGAUGCGCACAGUAUGGCGUAUUUUGCAAAGGACUGGGCGCUAGUCAGCCAAGCCAUGUCCAAGGAUUCGCCUCUUCCGUCCCUCUCGCCAGUCUUCCAGCCAUCUCUCCUCGACAAGCAGGCAGCAGGGGAUAUUGAUAAAGCUGACCCAGAUGAUACGCUUCUGAGAAAAGCUAUGGCUCUCCCUUUUCACCGCUACGACUGGUGGACACCUUCGGAAUGUUGUCCUUGGCCCAUCGAGGUACCAGAACCCUUCAAAUCUCAGCCGCUCAAACCAGCUGGAAAUCCAAUGCCCUGGUGGCAAUGGGAUGUAGAUGCCCCUGUCUCCCACUACGAGAUCCACCUCAGCGCCGAUCAGAUCCAGCAGAUAUGGGAAUCUGCGUCAGCCGAUGGCUUAUGUCGAAUUAGUCACCACGAUGCUGUUGUCGCGCAUAUCUGGUCCUCUGUCACUCGGGCGCGAAACCUGGAGCUCAACACAGAUGAUAAUAUUGUUUACUGUGAUCUGGUGUAUGGUGUGCGUGAGCGCAUGUCACUUGGAGAAAGCUAUAUUGGCUCGCCUAUCGUCAUGAUCAAUGUGCCUAUGAAUGCUGCGGAGGUGUGCCAAACCGAUCUGACACACCUGGCUACCGCAAUCCGCUCGACGAUCACAAAAGUUCAACCUGAAGAUAUCCAAAACCAUCUUCACUCUGUUGCAUAUGAAGAUGCCCCUCAGCGUCUCUGGCAAGCCUUUCUAGGCGAAAGGCAUAUCAUGGUAACAUCCUGGGUUCAAACCCCCGUGUAUGCUGUGGAUUUCGGAUUCGGAUUGACGCCACGAUAUGUCUCAGCCGUCAUGGCGAGCAUGGACGGGGUGAUCCAAUUGAAACAAGCACCUCCAUCCAUCAAGGAAUGCAAUCUUGAAACUUCUGGGAAGUCGAAUCUUUGGUAUCAUGGUGGUGUUGACAUUUCUAUCAAUUUGCGGUCUGACAUUAUGGAAAAACUGUUAGAAGACCCUCUUCUUUUCCCUCAAGAGGACUAG